ACCAAAAGUUUGACAGAAACGCUGCGACGACAUCAAAAAAUUGAAAAGCCAAACAACAGCAGCAAUAAAUAGUAAAAAACAAUAGGAAAACACGAAAAAACGCCCAUUAUUCGAGGUAAAACUGGAAAAACAACGUGCCUAAAUCGACGGAAAAACGGAGCUACUGUGAAAUCCAUCGGGGUAACUCGAUUGCCGAAAUCUAAAGGGAAUAAAAAUCGUAAACAAGGGUGUUGGAAGUUACAUCCGAUCACAUUAAUUGCAAAUCGAGUAAAAAAAAAUCUCAAGGCGAAUAUAAAACAUUCGCCAAGUCUUCCUGAUCCUUGACCCUUCACUCGCAAAGCGCUUGGUGCUACCGGAAAAAUGGCCAGCUCUUCUAGGGACCAUCACUUGAACAAAGUUUGCUGCUAUGCACAUCCGGACUCGCCACUGAUAGAGGAUUACAGGGCCGGGGACAUGAUAUGUUCCGAAUGUGGCCUAGUCGUCGGAGAUAGGGUGAUCGAUGUGGGAUCCGAGUGGAGAACUUUCAGCAACGAAAAGGCCGGCGUCGAUCCGUCUCGUGUCGGUGGUCCAGAAAAUCCACUACUCAGUGGUGGCGAUCUGUCGACGAUGAUUGGCCCCGGAACUGGACCGGCCUCGUUCGAUGCAUUUGGGACCGCCAAAUAUCAGAACCGUCGCACCAUGAGCAGUUCCGACAGGGCGCUCAUAGCAGCCUUCAAAGAAAUCAGCACCAUGGCGGACCGGAUCAAUCUGCCGAAGACGAUUGUCGACCGAGCCAACAACCUCUUCAAACAGGUUCACGAUGGCAAAAAUCUGAAGGGUCGAUCCAAUGAUGCGAAGGCUUCCGCCUGUCUGUACAUCGCCUGCCGCCAAGAGGGUGUCCCGCGAACGUUCAAAGAAAUCUGUGCCGUCAGCAAAAUCAGCAAGAAAGAAAUUGGCCGAUGUUUCAAGCUAACGCUGAAGGCAUUGGCCACCUCGGUUGAUCUCAUCACAACGGCUGACUUUAUGUCCCGGUUCUGUGCUAACUUGGACCUGCCCAACUCGGUGCAACGAGCGGCCACCCACAUUGCCCGCAAGGCUGUCGAAAUGGAUAUCGUACCUGGUAGGUCACCGAUUUCGGUGGCUGCAGCCGCCAUCUACAUGGCAUCACAGGCUUCGGAUCAGAAGAAGACACACAAGGAAAUCGGAGACAUAGCCGGUGUCGCCGAUGUCACAAUCCGACAGUCGUACCGGCUAAUGUAUCCACACGCGGCCGAGCUUUUCCCGGAGGACUUCAAGUUCACCACACCGAUCGAUCAACUACCGCAGAUGUAGAAACUUGCAACAACCGGCGGCGGUCCCCCAAGUCCUUGAGCACAAUCACGCACGGGAGAAGGGAAGAGCAAACACGAACGCUUUGUUAACCUUCAAUUCAAUCUACUACUUCAGUUAGCGGUUGUAAUUUUAUUGAAAUAUCAUUCACAACUUUAAGUAUCUUUUCAAUUUUGUUUCGCGCUAAAUAGACCUGAAGUUUUGACGCUUAGAAACAGACAGAAAAUUGUCGCUAUUUUUCCAACUGAUAAUAUAAGCUAUUUAUCGUUUUGUAAGACUAAUUCUUUACCAUGCGCUCUUAGUUGAAUUAUAUACAUACUUAUAUAUAUUUUCCCUUAAAAAAUGAUCAUAUUCUACAGAAACUUAAACACGAACCGAUUGAUUCGACAAGUAAUCCAUGAAAUGGAAACAGGUUUAAUAUGAAACUAAAACAUUCUUUUUCUUUUUCGGAAGUUUUUCAUGAAAAGUGCGCUAGAAAAAAAGUGAUCAUUCUGGAAUAACUAUAAAACGAACUGCACCCUAAAGGCAAGAGAACGACGAGCAAGCUAUAACUUUUAUUACUUUCCCCCAAAAACAACCAACAAACCAACCAUAAAAAUAAAUUUAUACACAGAGUAGAGUAGCGAGAGCAGCAGCAAAAUGAAGUACAUAAUAUGAGUAAACUAUUUGAUAGUUGUAGAGAAUAAACAUAAUUUAAUAAAAAGCGAUU